CCCGGCCUGCCGUGGCAUGGUCCUCUGGAGAGGAGGGUCCUCUCCUUGACAGCCUGUCCCUGCAGACGCUCCGCAGCCCGGGGCUGUCCUGUCACUACCUGGCAGCCGGCUCCAGUGCUCCAGGAACAACCAACCUUCAUGCAGCAGAUAGACCUUCUGAGAGAGAAUUUGUCUUGCUACCUCUAAACUUCCCCUCAGCUCUGUUUUCAGAGGGAGAGACCUAGUGCCAGAUACUCCCUCAGGACAAACUUACCCGCCUUUGUAGGAGACUAAUGCUCUGGAAGAUCCUGACUUCCCACUCAGGCAAACCAUCUCACUUUGGUGCCAUGAUCUUGCUGCUGGAGAUUGCUGAUAGAUCCCUCACUCCCUCCUGUUCCCUGGGGCCUGAACUCUCAAUGUCUUCUAUCAGCAGGGCCUGUGGAGGGACCCUGUGUGCAAGUUGCUUCUGGGAAAGCCUGGGGUAGAAAUUAAACUGGGGACUGAGGAGAAAGCAAGGUAAUUCACCAGUUAGCAUGAUCUGGAGGCGCUUUUGUGCGGUGUCCUUGCCUAGAGCUGUAAGCACUGCUCUUCCUGGAGAGACUGGCUUUGUACUGUUGCCCACCCAGGGGAGUCCUGCAGCUUCUGAGAAGAACCAGUUCCUUGGUGCUACAUCAGGAACAAUCAACAUCCUACUGUUUGCCUUGGGGACACCACCAUGAGAAGCCAGCCCAUCUUCUGUGGCAGAAUUCCCAGCCCUCUGUCUUUGAGGAAGAAGCUCCCAGCCCGGCCUUACCCCUAAGACAGGAUGAGGAGCUGGAUCCAAAUUCAUCCUUGGCCUGCUGUCUUAGAGCUGUUCCUGCUUCAGGUCAAUGAGAAUAUCUGCUACUAAUUCAUCAUGACAUAAUAUCUGGUCUCCUGCCCCAUCCUGUUGGAUAAGUUUCCUGCUUCCUCUUGGUCUGUACACAUGUGACUCCAGGUGUUCAUCAGCUACCCAGUCUGGUGCAGCGACCUGGGAUGCCAUCAGGAGCUCGAAUGCCCCAUCAGGGGGCUCCCAUGGGUCCCCCGGGUGCCCCGUACGUUGGCAGCCCCUCCGUGCGCCCGGGGCUGCCCCAGCCCGUGCUGGAGACCAGCAGGAAGCGUGCGGCGCCGCAGCAGGUGCAGCAGCAGCAGGUGCAGCAGCAGGUGCAGCAGCAGCAGCAGCAUCAAGCCACUCAGAGCAGGACCAGGAGUGCCAAGAGGAGGAAGAUGGCUGACAAAAUUCUCCCUCAGAGGAUCCGGGAGCUGGUUCCUGAGUCCCAGGCCUACAUGGAUCUGUUGGCCUUCGAACGCAAACUAGACCAGACCAUAAUGCGGAAGCGUGUGGAUAUUCAGGAAGCGCUGAAGAGGCCCAUGAAGCAAAAGCGGAAACUGAGGCUUUACAUCUCCAACACCUUUAAUCCUGCCAAGUCUGACGCAGAUGACGCUGACGGCAGCAUCGCCUCGUGGGAGCUGCGUGUGGAGGGGAAGCUCCUGGAUGAUCUCAGCAAACAGAAACGGAAGUUUUCGUCUUUUUUUAAGAGUUUGGUUAUUGAACUGGAUAAAGAUCUUUAUGGACCUGACAACCAUCUUGUGGAGUGGCACAGAACUCCCACGACCCAGGAGACUGAUGGAUUCCAGGUGAAAAGGCCCGGCGAUGUCAGCGUGCGGUGCACGUUGCUCCUCAUGUUGGACUACCAGCCUCCGCAGUUCAAGCUGGACCCGCGGCUGGCCCGGUUGCUGGGGAUACACACCCAGACCCGCUCGGCCAUCAUCCAGGCCCUCUGGCAGUACAUCAAAACAAACAAGCUGCAAGACUCCCACGAUAAGGAAUACAUUAACUGCGACAAAUACUUCCAGCAGAUCUUUGACUGUCCACGACUAAAGUUUUCUGAAAUUCCUCAGAGACUCACGAACCUGCUGCUGCCUCCAGACCCUAUAGUGAUAAACCACAUCAUCAGUGUUGACCCCAAUGAUCAGAAGAAGACGGCUUGUUACGACAUAGAUGUAGAAGUUGAAGACCCAUUAAAGGGACAGAUGAGUAGUUUUCUUCUCUCAACAGCCAACCAACAGGAGAUCACAGCAUUGGACAACAAGAUUCAUGAGACAAUUGAAUCCAUAAAUCAGCUAAAAAUACAACGUGAUUUCAUGCUGAGUUUCUCCAAAGAUCCCAAAGGAUACAUCCAAGACCUUCUCCGGUCCCAAAGUAGGGAUCUUAAGGUGAUGACUGAUGUGGUUGGAAACCCAGAGGAAGAACGCAGAGCUGAAUUUUAUCAUGAGCCAUGGUCUCAAGAGGCUGUGAGCAGAUACUUCUACUGCAAGAUCCAGCAGCGCCGGCAGGAACUGGAACAAUCUCUGGGGGUGCGCAACACAUAAGUACUGCUCACAAGAUUCCAUUGGCAUCAUGACCACCAAACCAGUGGACUUUUCAGUGUUACUUAGCUCACUGUUACACAUGGACCUGCUUCCUGACUGGAUGAGAAUGUACCAUCAACACACCAGUCAGAACACCAGCUUUAGAGUGACCCUUGAAAAUCUUGCCCCAGGGCAGUCUCCAACCAUUCCAGGCCAGAGACAGAGCCGUACAAGUGUCAGUGUUAAAGAACAUAAAAGGCUCAUUCAUCAACGUGCAUCAUCAAGUUUUAGUGGAAAGUUCAGACACUACACAGCAAAUCCUAAUGGGCUAUGCAUAGAGUCAUGGGUGGCACUGAUAGGGGAGGCUGAGAUGGGUGUUAUCGGAGACUACAGAUUUAGAGAAAUAAAGGCAGUUCUCAUCCUGUGUUACCUAGGAGUCUCAAUUAGUAAUUUCUCUGGAAUUAGACAAGAUAGUCUUUCUUGUAGGUGUGGAAUGCUCUUUAUUCAUGAAUCGAGUUUUUAUUCCAGCUGGACCAGUUGAAGAAGCCAUCUAUCUCACUGUGUGAAAGAGCAAACUAGGAUGAUUUUCAUUCCUGGAAUGAAGAGCCCCUCUGGAAGAAGGAAGUAUAGGCAGGACAACUCUUCUGCAAACUCUAAUACUUACUCUUUCCCUUGCCCCUGCAGUGGAAGGUAGACUGAAUGAUGUAUCACUAGGUGGGUAUGAUCAAUGUGUUGUACUGAGAGGCAGAGAAUUACCCCCCAGAUGAGAGCUUCUUAGGCAUCCUUAAUAUCAGUGGUAUUAGCAAAGAUGAGGUUGAAGCAAGAAAGGAGGCAUUCUGAGAAAAUGAAAAUAACUUAAUGGUGCUUUGCUGAUCCCUGCCUUGAGCACAGCAGAUACUGACAAUGAAACAAGUGUAAAAUACGAGAUUUCUGAAGUGUUUCUCUGUGUGCCAGUUGGGAUCAGCACUGAAAAGAACUGAAGUUGGUGCAGAAUCCAGGAAGCUUAACUUCAUAUAAUGUGGUGGUUUUCUCUUACUUCAAGAUGUUAAUAGAGUCCCUGGUCUCACAUUUUGAUCAUAGGUGAACUGCCUCUUGCUGUGGAUUGUUUCGUGUCUCCCCCCAACGAUACAUACUGAUUAUCCAGGAUGCUGCUGAGUUAUAAAGCACUACCAGCCUUAAAUAGCACAGAGAACCUAUCCCUGGAAAAUCAUCUUCUUUGUAAAUGUACAACAAACUCAGACUACGGGAAUUUGUACCGUAUUUACUUGGAAGCAGGGACUUCUUCAUUAAAUCCUUCCCCAUCCUCAUUUUUUGUAGUUUAUAGACUAGUUUGUAAUUCAUGACCCAACAUGAUUCCUAGUCCAAAAAACAGCUGCCAAAUUAUAAGUCUUUGUCCAGAUGAUGUGGCACUCAAAAUCCUCUUCUAGGUUUUCUAACUUUUCUAACUUUUCAUCUCCUUUCUUCCAUUUUCUUGGAAAGAGAAUGAAAUUCACAUGUGGUAUGGAAGGGAGGCAGCUCUGCUGAAUAAUGCAUUUUGCUGUAGCCUUGCCCUUUUCUCUUCUAUCUUUGCCAAUUUCAUUCAUAGUUGAACUUAAAAGUUUCUUCCAUCCAGUCACAGAAGAGAGUCUUCUCUUCCACCACUGUAUUUAAUACCUCUGCUUUCACAUUCAUAGUGCCAUCAUUUUGACUCUGUCCAUUGUGUUCAGAGUUGUGUUGGAAAACUUAGUGUGAUCGCAGUCACGUAACAGCGUUUCUGCGACAAACACGCUGAGGUAAGGAGCAGUGUUGCUGUACCAAUUUGCCUGAGCCCUUUUGCUGGGAGUGGCUUCAUUGGGAACUUUAUUGUGUUAAAACCUCUUUGCAGUAAAACGUGAAAUGCUGCAAUCUUAAACUGAGUACAGUGAAGGGCUGUGAGGCUGCCAGACAGGGAGAGACAGGAAAUCUGACUUCCUCUAGGGCUCUGCUGAGUGGAUGACAAGCAAGCAUGAGGAGGGAAAACGGUGGGGUUCAUCUGCUGCUGUGCUUCCAUAUUGAUUAUGCUGCUGUGCCAGUUGUGUGCAUGCUGUUCAGUGUAUAGAACUCUUUUCUGUGUGUGGUAAACAGAGCAGCUACAGUCAGGGGUACAUGCAGUCUCCAGGAAUAAGAAAUGCAGAGAAAGAUGCAAGGAUGUGAGGAGGGCAAGGGACUGGGAUAGAAGCCUGCAGGAAGUCUGCCAGCAAAUUCUGUUGUGGCAAAUAUUUAUACAGAGAAAUUUCAGUCAUGUGCUUCAGCUGGCAACAUAAUGGAGUCCAGUCUGCUUUUAGACUCUCUCUGUGGAAUUAACUGGGUGGGUCUGUUCCCAAGUCUCUCUCAGAGCGAGUUAACAAGAGUAAUGUGGUGUCUGCCCAGUGUUCAAGGAGCUUCCCUGGAGGGUGAUCCUGUGUUAAGCACCAGCGCUGUACUCUGCAUGUGCAUGAGUCAGCCACUGCAGAUGGCAAUCCAGAUUCUAAAUUCUCAUAUCCCACUGUCCAUAGUCCUACUGCACAUAGAAAGACUGGUCAGCAACACUGAGUCAGGAAUAGCUGUCAGGUGUCUUUCCUUUUGUUAAACUGGCGUUUGAAAUUUUUAUGCUUUUUUCCUGUGUUCAGAAGCAGUUCAGGCCUUUUACUGAAAAGACACAGGGAGAAAUGUUGAGCUCUGUUCCAGGAGUGCAGCCAGAAUAUUUUUACUUGGGUGCAAAAAAAUUAAAUUAUAUUUGAAGAAAAAUAUUGGAGCAAAACUGGGAGGAACUGGACCAAAUGCCACUUGGGCAUACAAAAAUGAAAGGUCCUGAUCAGGCAUGUUAUUGUAGCAGAUUGGGAAUGAUAAACUAAUUUGAAUUUCAGGAUGGUUGUCUUUUUGUGUGUAUAAAUGAUGACAGGAAGACAUUUUGGGGUCUUCAGUUGCUGCCACAGUACAGUAAAAAUCUGGGCAUAGUGCAAAAAAAAAAAAAAGUGCAUAGGAGUAGUUAAUGUAUAGAUAAUAUAGAUUAUUAGAAAAAGAUAGCAUCAAACUAGGGAAGGCAUAAAACAGAAAUCUGGAGUGCCAAUAGAAGGGAAAUACAUCUUAGAGCUGAAGUGUUGAUGUGGCAGGUUUGAAACACUUUUUAGUCCUUUGUUCUGUUGGCCAUGAGUCAGGAUUCAGACCAAGUGUUUCUCAGAAAUUAGAGGGAAAACAAAUGAUUAUGGAACAGAGAGAAGAAUACAGCAGUGGAAAUGAAAAGGUGGAGCAGAGCACCACUGAAGUGCCAGUAAGACAUAGCACAGGAUGGCGUUCAGAGAACUGCUGGAAAUAGCACAGUCCGUGUGUGUGUGUGUGUGUGUGUGUGUGUGUGUGUGUGAGCCAGAGCCAGGCCCAGCUUGCACGGAGCCUGUGGUGUGUCCAGGACAGAACCAAAUAUUCUGCAAUAACUUUGAGACACAUUGUCAAAACAUUUUCCACUGUUACCACCAGGGAUUCAGUUGUUCCAUUUAGUCAGGUUGGUAGUUGUAGUGCUGACAUUGUUUAGGCUGGCAGGUUUUUUUACACCACAUUGUCUAGAAUUUAUCCUGUGGAAGCUGAGUGAAAAUAUUAGUGCAUAUAUCAUUAUUGUUGUGGAUAUCCUCAGGCCCUUACAUUUGCCGAAAUGUUAGUUUGGGGUUUUUUUUUUGCCUGUUUUUGUGUUGAGAACCCUUUUGUGGCAGUGCAAAGAGGUGAGGGGGAGAAGAAGGCUCUUUUUUCCUGGAGAUCUCCUUUCUGUAACUGCUCUGUUGUUUAAUCUGAUGUAUCUGUUCUGCCAGAUCCUGUAUGAUAAACACCUUUUCCAUCUCAUUGAAGAAAAGAACUUCAUUAAAACAAAUACAGCUGUGGGUUGUGAGAGUGAGCAAACACGUGUGUAAAGGGGAGGGGGGGGAGAGAGAGGAUCCCUCUACUCUGUAGCCACCGUAUCUUCAUUGUCUGAUGCCGAGUGAUUCAUAGAAAAGCUUUUAACAAUAAAUACUUUGUUUCUUUGUA